CAAAUUUGACAAUAAUUAUUGUGUGCAUAAUCACCGAAAUCAAUAUGACAAGAAAUUUCCCAUACAUUUUCCUUCCAUUUCCUACCAAUUAAACAAAAGCCUUAUAAGUACUAGUUUUAAACAACGAAAACACCCUUCUCUUAAAAAUGGAAUUUUUCCAAAGAGCAAAGGUGUUCAGGCUAAAAAGCAGCCACCAGAGCAAGUACCUAACAGCUGACCAAGACGAUGAAACAGUCAGGCAAAGCCGCGACAGCUCUUCACCAAACGCGCGUUGGUCGUUCGAGCUUGUCGAAGGAAAGUCUAAUCUGAUCCGUCUCAGGAGCUGCCGAAGCUGGAAAUUCUUAGCCGCAUCUGACGAGCAAUUCCUACUAGGAAUGACUGGAAAGCGAGUUGCUCAGCGACCUUGGUUCGGUCCCACGGUUGAAUGGGAGCCAGUUAAAGAAGGUCCGUACAUUAAACUUAAAAGUCAUGGAGGAACAUUCUUAAGAGCAAACAGAGGACCUCCUCCUUGGAGGAAUACUAUUACACAUGAUGUUCCUGGUCAUUGGACUGUUUCUGAUAGUAUGAUUAUGUGGAUUGUUGAUAUUAUUGAGAUUGAUCAUGGUUUAAAUUGUUGUGAUUUUGAAUCUAAAGAGGAAAUUAAGGGGAAUAGUGUUUCUUGUUUUGCAAGUAAUGGAAUUGAUCAGAAUUGUUUUUCUAGAAGAUCUGAUUUGUCAAAUGUUGAUCGUGAUGAUAAUCUUGCUGUAAACGCGUCUUCCGUGGAGAAUUCAGCCUCCUUCAACAAUCUAAAGUCAAUGUUAGCAAGCUUAGAUAGCAUACAUGACAGUGCAGAAGAAGAAAGAACAGCAUCAAAAACAGAAUUUAAGAUGGCCAGAAGAACCUUUGAAGAACUAAACAACAUGGAAUUUCAUGCCAUCAUAUCUCUAGGACGAUACAACGAGCUAAACAAUGUAAUAAACAUGCUUACUAACAUCCAUGAUGUUGAUGAUCUACAACAGAAACUAGAAAACAUGAAGAAUGAUCAUGACUUAGCCACUCAAGAUUUAGCAGAUUAUGCUGCAUUUGAUAAGAACAGAUUGAAGACGAAAACCGAACUCGAUAAGGAUUUGGCUAAGGCAUGUGUGCUUGAGGCAACAUUGGAGAAAUGGUAUGGAAAUGAGUAUGUGAAUGCAUCAACAGCUAAAAGAGAGGAGUUGAUCCAAGAGUUUAAAGAAAUAGAUAGUAGUUUGAAGGCUGUGGAAGUGCUUAAGUCUAGAAUAGAGAAGAAAACUAAGAUAGUUGAGGAUAUUGAGGCUGAUGAGGAAUCAUGGCUAGAAAGGAAAAUUGAAGCUGAGAGGAAAUUGAUUAAAGUGGAGGAAGAUUGGGUUAAAGUUAAGAGAUUGGUCCGAAAUUAAUUAUGUUUAUAUUAUUAAUUUAGAUUAGCGUAGUUUAAUAUACUUUGUAUUUGGAAUUGUUCUUUAUUGUGGGUUUUGAGAUUGAGUUUUUAUGAACAUAUUGUGAUUUUAUUAAUGUAUUUAUCAUUAAUUGGAGGUGUAAUGUAUAUUAUAAUGAUUGGUGGAUUUUUUUGAAACUUAGUACAAUUCAGGGGAGUUGUAGUAUUUUGGCUAUUUAUUAUUAUGAAAUGAU